GCAAUCUAUCCUUAAUUUCAUUAAAAAUUUCAAAAUUAAUACUUCCAAUUCUAUUUAUAAUUAAAAGAAAAUUUGAUUUGAUUGUUUCAAAACCUUUCUUAAUUUCAGUUUUUUCGUCAUAUUCAAUCCCUAACACUUUAACUUUUUCAUUCAAUAUAUUAAUUUUAUAUUCACAAUUUUCUUUGUACUCUUUAGAAUUUGGGUCUUGAUUUUUCAAAUAAUGACAGUAUUUAUAAAUAUAACUAAUAGAUUUUAACAUAUGAAAAUCAGAUUUGGAGCUCUAAAUAAAUAAAUAAAUAAAUUUAAUAUAGAAAUUUAUUUAUUGUUAAAAAGUCUAAUAAAUUUAAAUCUUUAUUUUUAUGCUAAUUUUCAUUUUUAGAAAAAAAUAUUUCAUUUACAUAGUUGUAGAUGUUUUAAUUUCCUUAAAAUAAUAUUAAACGGGGCAGAUUAUGAAAGGAGAAAGCACCCACGCUCCAACUAUUGCUUCAAAAUUCUGGGUACCCUUGGUACACUUAUCAAGAGUACGAAUUCUGCCCUUUUUGGUGAUUUGGAAAAGGUCUCUUGGUUUCUUGGAUAUAAAUUUGGCAAAACGUAUGAAAUUGAGAGAAAACUUUUCUUGUAUCGAAUGCCUUUUUUAA